AUGAACACUCCACCCCGCACACGUACCUCGCGAGCUGACCGUGUUCCCCCAACCCCGCUCCACGGCGCUCGGUUCGAUUCCCCGCCUCCGACUUCACGAAAGCAGAAGGGCAAGGGCAAAGCUGGAUCUUCAGCAUCGUCAUCCACAUACUCUACAGCUACACUUUCACCACCACCUUCAUCUCCUCUGGGCCCAGAUGACUCCGCAUUGCCGUUCGAGCCAACACGUAAAUCCCGUAAGAGGCGGGCAUCCGUGUUCGACGAUGCCGUUGACAAGCCGGUAGAAGUUGAGAGCGAGGGAUGGAAGGAAUUAGAAAAGAUGUUCGGGAAGGACUUUGGGAGAGGCCCUACAGCUGUCCCUAGUGGCGUUGGACUCCCUACGCCGUCAAAGACUCCCGCAAGGAAAAGAAAGCACUUCUCAAUCGAUUCAGUUGCUAGCUCUUCAAGAAGGCUCUUUGGGUCAAAGAGUUUUACACCGGCUCCCACUGCCCUAAAGGAAGAUAUCUUUGGCACCACCAUGAAAACAGGCAGUAAGAAGCGUGCCGGAAGGUUGGAUUUGACGGGAGAGGGCGAAGAUAAUGGUAGCUCUAUCAGUAUCUUUACCGAUAGCAGUGCCAGAAUCCCUAAAUACGAUCCAUGCCCAGAGAAUCCGUUUGUCUCCCCGAAGGAUAGCAAGAAGAAGAAGAAGGAAAAGAAGACUGUCAAGGAUGUUGACACACUAGGUGAGGAUGGCAGAAGGGAGGACGGAAUGGUCUAUAUUUUCCGUGGAAAGAAGAUGUUCCGCAAAUUCACCGAAAUGGAUGAUCCUGAUGAACCACUUCCUAAGGCUGCUUCCCCGACUCUUGAGAAUUCAGUCGGAGAGGAGGAAGAAGAAGAAUAUGAAGAGGAGGAUAAAGAAGAGGUGGUAGAGGAGGCGGUUGAGGAGGAGAAGGAGGGAGAGAAGGAGGGGGAGGAGGUAAAGGCUAAAGUCAAGCUUAACCUGGAGCUCGUGGGACAACCUGGUAGAGAUAAAGCGGAAGGAGACGAAUUGGAGGAGGAGGAGGAGGAGGAGGAGGGGGGGGAGGAGGAGGAAGAAGGGGACCUCGAAGAGUUCGAGCUGGAGGAGGAGGAAGAGGAAGAAUUCGAGGAGGAGGAAGAUGAGGAAAUCAACGCCAUUUUGCGCAAGCGUUCCUCAAUCCGUCCCCGCCUCCUUUUCCCCUCCAAGGACGUCGAAGAAUCCGAAGACGACGAGGAGGAGGACGAAGAAGAGGAGGAGGAAGAGGCCGAGACCGAUAUCGAGGACGUUUUUGCGGCCAUUACAGCCGAGAUCAUCGAGAAGAAGAGCAAAGAUGAUAUCUUCUCCAGGAGCGCCAUUUCUCGUCUAACACCAGACUCCGAUGACGAUUUUUCAUCAGACAAUAAGAAGAGCGGUGCCAAACUCGAUGACAACGUUUUUGGCUCUUAUGGAGAUAUCCCAAAGAGCACCCGCAAGAAGUCAUCUCUCUUUGAUAAGCCAAUAAAAAGACCCGGCAAGGGAUUGUUUGAGGAUCUUUCGGAGGGGGCAGCGGUUGGAGAGAAGCGUAGCAGGAAUGAUGCUUUUGCUGGAGCCUUGAGUCCUCCUAGGACAAUCAAGAAAUCAAAGGGUCCCAUUGCCUAA